CGUCUUGUUGACCGCUUCCCACUCUUCUCUCUCUAUCCGCCCUUUUAUCGAUAAUUCUUAUUACAAAGAACCCAAUAUUAGGUCUGAAAUUCGGGCAUUAGGUCUCAAAUUCCUGUCCGAAUUUCAACUUUGGGGAACUUUUUCUUCGAUUUCUUGGAUCAUGGCGACCAACAACGAUACCGACAACAAUGGCGUUGACGAGUUGAGUCCAUUUCUCGCCAAGCAAGUCGAUGGAGCUGACGAGAAAAAUACCGGAAAACCCUCGAAGGAUUCUUCGCCGGAGAAGACUCCGGCACCGGGAUAUGUCAAUUGCGGCGCCGAAUAUGGCUGGACCGCUGAUGGAUUGCCUUUAGGGCACGGCAGUGUCGUUGGUGAGCCAAUUCGCCGGAAUCAGUGGGAUUCUAGCCUCUUCGCUUGUCUCGGGCGCAACGAUGAAUUCUGUAGCAGCGAUCUUGAAGUUUGUCUUCUUGGAAGUGUGGCUCCUUGUGUGUUGUAUGGAGCCAAUGUUGAGAGACUUGGGUCCAGUCCUGGUACUUUUGCGAAUCACUGUUUACCUUACUCUGGUCUAUAUCUUCUUGGAAAUUUCUUUUUUGGUGGGAACUUUCUUGCUCCCUGGUUUUCAUACCCCAGCCGUUCUGCAAUCCGCAGGAAGUUUAACCUAGAGGGUAGCUGUGAAGCACUCGAUAGGUCCUGCGGGUGCUGUGGAAGCUUUGUGGAAGAUGAGUUGCAGCGCGAACAGUGUGAGACUGCUUGUGACUUUGCUACUCACAUCUUCUGCCACACGUGUGCCCUUUGUCAGGAAGGUCGUGAGCUCCGUCGCCGGCUUCCUCAUCCUGGUUUCAAUGCUCAACCAGUUUUGGUUAUGAUUCCCCCUACAGAGCAAACUAUGGGCCGUGGAGCUUAAAAGCAACUGCCGUGACAUGGAUGAUUGUGGUCUACCUACUAUUGUGAUAUUAUCAUAUGAUACCUAAAAUUGUUUUACUAGGUUCUUUUUGUUUAAACUUAUCUAAGCAAAAAUAUACAUGAAAAUGUAGACUUGUGCACAUGUUGUGUUUAUUUCAAUACUUUUAUUUUAAAAAUAAUAUAUUUGUACGAUUAUUCCUGGUUUUGAAAUAGAGUUGCAGAGUGUUCAUAUUA